AUGACGCCAGUGGAAGAAUCUGGCAACGCCGGGAACUUCAGCACAUACGCGCUGGAAGUCACAUGCGAGAUGGCACCCAACGAGAUACGCAUCAGCUUUGACUUUGACUCUCACGUCCUCGACAAGCGAUCCGCCAAGCGAAUGUUGGCACAAUUCAUUCACAACAUCCACCAGAUCUAUACUGUAGCCAACACCACUACCAUCGCAGAGCUCGAUCCCAUUGCCCCUUCAUCGUGGGCUGAGCUUCAGCAAUGGAACACCCCUCUUCCCCCGCCUGUCAGACGCUGCUACCACGAGGGAAUUGCAGAUCAGAUCCUCCGUUCGCCUGAUGCAGCAGCGGUCUGCGCGUGGGACGGCAAUUUGACGUAUAGGUGUCUGGACAAGCUUUCGWCUCAACUAGCCGCUGAACUACAAGUUCGAGGUGUUGGUCCGGAGGUACUCGUUCCUAUAGUGAUGGAAAAGACCAAGUGGGUGGCGAUUGCACUCUUGGGUGUUAUGAAAGCCGGUGGAGUGAUCGUACUCCUCGACCCCGACAUCCCAUUGCAGCGACUCCAGUCUAUCUGCGUGAGCGCCGGCUCUCGGAUAAUCUUAUCAACCAAGACGAGUGCACAUAUUGCUCGACAGCUUACGGGGAAAGAGGCAGUUGUGGUCGUGGAAGAAGACUUGUUCACACAACCGAGCUCCCGCACUCUACAAGCGGUCGGUGUCAGUCCUGAUAAUAUGCUAUACGUCAUCUACACCUCUGGCUCCACCGGCCAGCCGAAGGGCAUCAUCACCAGCCACUCGGCACUCUACACAAGCGCACUUGCACAGCUCGCGCCUCUCCACUAUGUCGCGGAAGCACGGCAGCUUCAGUUCGCCUCGCACAUGUUCGAUGUCGCCAUAUCAGACUAUCUGUGGACUUUCUUAGCUGGCGGCUGCGUCUGUGUAGCUCCUCAGCAAAUGCUUCGCGAUGACCUUGUCGGCAUGAUAAACGAGUUGAAGAUCAACCGCCUCGAUCUGACAUCUUCAAUUGCCCGUACGAUCCGCUACGAGGACAUUCCGACUGUACAGACUAUGGUACUUGGAGGGGAGGCCAUAUCGCAAAGCGACAUUUCGCAGUGGGCGAGUGUGGCGGGCCGGGUGCGGCUUGUGAAUGGUUAUGGCCCUAGCGAGGCCUCGUGCGGUUGUGUUGAAAUUGAGUUGCAUGUUGACUCUGAUCCUGCGACGAUCGGACACACAUAUGGCGCGGUAUCGUGGAUAGUAGACGCAGAAAAUCAUGAUUCGCUUGUCCCUAUUGGAGUGGUGGGUGAGCUUGUCUUGGAAGGCCAUACAUUGGCUCGCGGAUACCUUGGUGAGCCAGAGAAAACAGCAGCAGCUUUCAUCGAAACUGCUCCCGCAUGGCUCAAAAAGCUACGCCCACACUCAAGGCUUUACAAGACGGGCGACCUCGUGAGCUACAACCCCGAUGGCACGCUCCGCUUUGUUGGGAGAAAGGACACGCAGGUCAAGAUCAGAGGCCAGCGGGUCGAGCUUGGAGAACUGGAGCACUACAUUCGGGACUUUGGCUCGAGCUCUAUACUGGACGUCGUCGCCGAGGUCGUCCGAUAUGAACAGACAGAGCCACGCUUGGCCGUCUUCGUGCAUCAUUCACAGGACGUCAGUACGGCCGAUGAUAGCCUGUUCCUUCAGCCCGACUCAAGGACAACUGCAGAGGCGCUCCAGGUGACAUCACGUCUCCAAGAGCGCCUGCCGAAAUACAUGAUUCCCGAUCUUUGGAUCCCUGUCUCUCGGACUCCAAUAACGGUCAACGGUAAAAUUAAUCGUCGACUGCUGCGUGAUACUCUAGCGGGGUUGAAGAAGAGCGAGUUCCAGGCAUACCAGUACGGGACUAGAGCUGGAGCUGAAGGUCGGCGAUUACCAGAGACAGCCUUGGAGCACAGACUUGCCCAGGUGGUAAUGGAAGUCCUCAAGUUCGACUCGGCUGACGAGUUUGGUAUGGACGACAACUUCUUCACCAUCGGUGGCGACUCGAUUGUUGCAAUGCGGCUAAUGGAUCGAGCUCGCGUGCGAGGCUUCACGUUCCGCGUGACAGAUAUCUUCCGUACUCCGGCGCUAUCAGCGCUUGCUCGUUUCCAUUCCGACGCUGUCAAUGGACCAGGUGUGCAAACGGUCAGCGACGUCCGUGAUCAUGCGCAAACCUUUGAGCUGGUGGACCCUGCGGAGGUGAAUGUGGCCAUUCAGUCUUGGGAAAGCCGUGGCUACAACUCACAGAGUGUGGAACUCGUCCUUCCUGUCACCCAGGCCGCUGAAAGGUAUCUCUACGAGCGGCCGCGAUAUUUCAUAAUCAACUUUCAGGGCACGCUGGACACAAAUCGACUCCAAAUUGCCUGCACGGCACUCGUACGGCGCCAUUACGUUCUUCGGUCGGUCUUCACACAUCAGCACCAACAACACUUCCAACUUGUUCUCAACGAGCUCGAUACCAGCUUCGAAUACUGCACAACUUCUCCUCCCGUGGCAGAGUUUGUAGAUGAGUAUCGUCGCAAUGACGAUAUCAUUAUUCCGCCACUAAACACUCCCGUCACUCGAUUCAUAAUGAUACAGCGAAGCGAAAUCGAUCAGGCGCUCGUUCUGCGGCUCAGCCAUGCACAGUAUGAUGGUUUUAGUCUUGGGAUCUUGUGGCGCGAUCUCAAGAAUCUCUACGAGGGUGUCGGCCUUCCAGACGCCACGCCAUACUCGCUUCACCUGCGUCAAUGGGCUCUUAGCCGUACCGACGAGGCCUUUGAUUUCUGGCGGAAGACGUUACAAGACGCUGUUCCAUCCCGAAUCGACAACAACCUCCUCCAGCACCUCCUCGAAGAUGCAAGCCACGGUAGGCAUGUCAACGCUCCAGCAUGUCGGGUGGUUGAUGAUGACGAUCAUGAUUCAUUGGUCUCAAUCGACCAGGUCUUUUGGCUCCCACGUGACGCUUCCAAGCGUGGCAUCACAACGGCCACGAUCAUCAAAGCCGCAUGGGCAAUACUGCUAGCCAAACUCACAGGAGUGGAGUGUGCAGUCUUCGGCCAAGGUUCAACUGGAAGGACACAUGGCUCGCAUGAAGUGGUUGGCAUGUGUCUGAAUUACAUUCCCGUGCGAAGUGACUGUCCGCCGGAACGCCUCAUCUCCGAGCUACUCCAAAGUCUACAGACCCAGCAUCACGAAAGUCUGACGCACGAACUGCUUGAUUCCCGCGAUAUCGUACAACGGUCGACAUCGUGGCCGGCGCAAACAAGUUAUCAGAGUGCGCUGGUUCAUCAGAACCUCGAUCCGGAUCUCCCGUUUGCGUGGGGAGAUGCACAGGCUCAGGUGACGGCCUCGUUUAAGUGGGCACGACCAACGGAGGAGAUCCAUAUCGAAACUGAGCUCGUUAGUACAGGGGAGCUGCAGGUGAGAAUGGACACCACCACGGACAUUUUGACGUUGGAAACCUCUCGCGCGGUGCUGUCGCAAUUCUGCCGCUUGAUUGGUGCCGUAGCGAAUGUUGCGCGCGACGAUGGUAGGGGAACGGUGGCGGAUAUCGUGGCUGGUUUGGAGUCGUAG